GCUAAGAGUCUAAGUAACCCGCCCACCUAGACAGACAGACAAACAGACACACAGACAGACAGACACAGACACACAGACAAUCACACAGACACAACACACAACACAACCAUGUCUCUCAGAUCCAAAUCCCUCCAGUUCCAACAUUUCCAAGUCUCGUUUCCGCACGAGCGCGUCGUCCAGGUGACGUUAACCCGUCCAGAGAAGUUAAACUGCAUCAGCCUGCCUACCAGUCGCGAGAUCCAAGAGAUCUGGGAGCUCUUCGACCAAGAUGAGAGCUUAUGGGUGGGCAUCAUUACCGGCGCGGGGAGGGCAUUCUGCACGGGGGCCGAUCUACAAGAAUGGAACGCCAUGAACGAAGCCGGGGUGGUUAACGACAUGGCAGCCCCGGGGCUAGCCGGACUGCCGCGACGGGCAGGCAAGAAACCGAUCAUCGCGGCCGUCAACGGACUGUGUAUGGGAGGCGGCUUUGAGAUGGUGGCAAAUUGCGAUUUGGUAAUAGCAUCGACAGCGGCGGUGUUCGCACUACCGGAGGUGAAGCGAGGCAUUGUGCCCGUCGCGGGCUGUCUACCGCGAUUGACCAGAACGCUUGGACUGCAGCGCACCAUGGACCUGGCGUUGACCGGCCGCAGCGUGGACGCUAAAACGCUUUACGACUGGGGCCUGGUCAGUCGACUGGUAGAUGCCACCGGCGAUAUGACCGUGGCUCAGGUGGCCCUGCAGAUAGCGCGCGACAUGUGCAAUAACAGUCCGGAUGCCUUGAUUGUUGGCCGUCUGGGCAUCCGGAUGGGCUGGGAGGCAGGAGGUGUGGAGGACGCGGUAUCGGCGCUGGCGGAUCAAUGGUAUCCGCGUCUGGUCGAGGGCCCCAAUUUUGCCGAGGGCAUUCGAGCAUUUGUAGAGAAACGGGCGCCGAGCUGGAAAAAUUCCAAGCUGUGA